AUGUCAGAUUCACACACACCCAACUCCCCCAGCCCCUCCUCUUUCAUCCUGCUGGGAAUUCCUGGCCUGGAGACGGCCCAUGUCUGGAUCUCCAUCCCCUUCUGCACAAUGUAUGUUAUAGCCCUCUUGGGCAAUUUCACCGUCCUCUUCAUCGUGAAGAAGGAGCCGAGCCUCCAUGAGCCCAUGUACUAUUUCCUGUGCAUGCUGGCUGUCACUGACCUGGUCCUGUCCACGUCCACCCUGCCAAAAACACUGAGCAUCUUCUGGUUCAAUUCCAGGGAGAUCGAUUUUGGUUCGUGCCUCACCCAGAUGUUCUUCAUAGGUAGCUUUUCAGCAAUGGAGUCUGGGAUCAUCGCGGCCAUGGCCUUGGAUCGCUACGUGGCCAUUUGCCAUCCCCUGAGACAUUCCACCAUCCUGACAAACUCUGUGGUUGCCAGGAUAGGCCUGGCCGUGGUGCUGCGCAGCUGCAUCGUCUCACUGCCCUCUCCCUUCCUGGCAAGUCAGUGGCCAUAUUGCCGAACCAACGUCAUUUCCCACUCGUUCUGUGAGAUGAUGGCUGUGGUGAAACUGUCCUGCAGGGACACCAGCCUCAGUGAUUACUACGGCCUCAUUGUAAUACUCCUGGUCGCUGUUAUGGAUGUGUUUUCCAUCACAGUGUCCUACACCCAGAUACUCAGGGCCAUCUUCAGCCUCCCCACCAAGGAUGCCCGGCUGAAGACUUUUGGGACCUGCAGCUCCCACCUCUGUGUCAUUUUAGCCUUUGGAAUCCCAAUUCUCUUCACCAUGUUCACACACCGGCUUGGCCACCAUGUGCCCCUGUAUGUCCACAUUCUCAUGGCCAAUGUGCACAUGCUAAUGCCCCCUUUUCUGAACCCCAUCAUCUACGGGGUGAGGACCAAACAGAUCCGAGACAGGCUGCUGAGGCACAUAAUUGAGAUGGAGUAA